UAAUAUUCCAAAAAAUAAAUUUUUAUAUAGAUAAAUAGAUAGAUAAAGACGAAAAAGUUUAUUCCUUAAACUAUGCAAGGAUACUAUGAUACAAAUUUGAAUCAAGAAUAUUUAGCUCAAGGUGCGGUCAGAGAAUUAGCGAACAAAAAUGAUUCUCAUAAUCUUACUGUUGAUGAAUUAAUUGAUUGGAUAAGAAGCUUUUAAUACUAAGAUUGCUAGAAUGUGAUGGUUUUAAACGAUUUAUAAAAUGGUGUAGUUUUUUGUUAGCUAGUUCAUGAUAUAAUUUAUUAUAGAUAAAAACCUGAUUUUAUAGCUCGCGUCAUUAGACAAAAUACUUCUAGUUCAUCUUUGAUAAAUAUGACUACCGCUUUAAAUGCAAUUAAAGAUUCUUCUUUUGAUGUGCCCUCAAAAAUUAUCUCAAUGUAGCCAUAGCAAUUGUGCGAAGAAAAUGAAUUUAAAUUAAGAGUGUUGCAAUAUUUAUAUACUUUGUAAUAAAGAAAGAGUGAAAGCAGUCUUUUUCACUAGCAAUUCUUCACAGAGUAAAACCAAGAAAAUCAGUUUAAAAGUUAAAAUUUAAAUCAGAUAACAAAUCAUAACUACCAAAAUAGCAGAAACGUCUUAAGUUAAAAUAACAGCUCUUAAAAAUUAUUCACUCCAAGGACAAUAGCUGAUGAUAAUCAGCAUAUUUAAGUGAAUUAAAUGAUUUAAAAGUUUUAAAAUUCACCAAACCUAAAUGCAGGCAGCUUAUUUUUCAAUAAUAAACAGAAGUAAUCUGCAGAAAUAUCUAAAAUCAGUAGUAUUCAAAACAACUAUUAAGAUAAUUCCAAUUAUAAUUCUCUGAGUUCAAGAAUUACAGAAAACAUACAGCAUUAGCCAACCAAUCAAAAUUAACUAUUUAUUCCAUUAAAUUAAUCACUUAGAAGUAAUUAAGGAGUAACGAGCACUCCUAAUUUGAAGGCUUCCUAAAAUAAUUCAGUUAGACCAACAAAUUCAAAAACUAGCAUCUCUUCAUUGAAAAAGCAAAAUAACCCUGAUAAUUAAUCAGGAGAAAAAUUAGCUUUUUAGCAACAGUAAGUAUAGUAAUCUGUCAGACUGAAUACUGUUAAUUCACCAGUUUCGCCUAUUACCUAAAUAUCAAAUAUUAAGCAUUAUAAUAUGUCAAUAGAUUAGUCAAGUAUUUCUACACCUAAUCAUAUGAUUAGCCUUUUUGCAACUCAAACAAACUCAACACCUGAUUUAAAAGGUCAAGGCAGAGUAUUUCAUCACCAAAAGGUGAAUUCACAGAUUAGCAAAUUUAAUGCAAAUAAUGAUUAAAUAUAAAAUUCAAAUAGAAUGAUACCCAGCUCUAUAAGCCAUAGAGAAUCUAGCUUAUCUAAGAUUCCUCCUUCUAUCUUAUAAUCACAAACCAAUACUUCUACAAUUAGUAAAAAAAGGAAAAAUGUUACUCUGGAUUUGAGAGACCAAUAAGAUUAAAUCUAGACAAUUAAAAGUAUAAAUAAUGAUUUAAUUGGAAAUAAUUAGAAUAAUAGCUGCUAGAAAUCAGCAAGCAAUUUAUCCCCUUAGCAAAAUCUAAAUCCAAAAUAAAGCUCUUAAAAGUCAUCUUAAUGGUGGAAAGAUGUUCACUAUAUUGAGUAGUAAAAUGGCGAAACUAUCUAAGUGAUACCUGUAAAUAACGAAACAAAAGCAAGACUUUAUAGAUGGCUUGUAGAUAUUACUCUGAUUAAAGAUGAUUUUGACUCCAAGAAUGUAGAUAGAUUAGCAAAAUUUGGCAAAAAUGGAGCUCUUUUUGCAGACCUCCUUAAUAGAAUUACUGGUAAGACUAAUCCUUUAUUUAAUGGUAUUUUUAGAGGAGCUAAAAAUUCUUCAUAAGUUAAUGUUAAUUUCAACAAAGCAUUCUCUUUUAUGAGGCAGCAAUAAAAACUCAACCCCAGAUACUUGUGGUGUAUAGAUUUUCUGAAAGAUGGGAACCCAAAUAUAUUUUGGGGUCUAAUUGAUGAUUUAUGGCACUGGAGCCACUAAAAAAUAUCCCCAUAUGAUUCAAGAUUUAAAUAAAAUUAAUAAAGGCUUACAGCAGAGCAAUAAUAAUUAGAGAAAUCUUUCACUUAGAGAGAAAACAAAGAAUUUUCGUAUGAUAAAAUAUGCUUUAAUCAAGAAGCCUAAAAACAAAAGAAAUUAGAGGAAAGUUACUCCAUGCACAAAGCUAAUAAGCUUUCUUAAUCAUAACAAAACCUUUAGUUAAGUAUGUAGCCAAGUCAUUAUUAGAGCAUACUUUCUACAUCAAAACAGAAUAUAGGAGGAAAUCAAUCUACUAUGAAUCACUCUAUCUCAAUGCGCCAAUUCACCAGCUCAAAUAAUAAUACUUAGUAGAAUUAUCACUAAUAAAUUAAUUAAAAUUAAUCAUAUUAAAAAAGAUAAGGUUCUCCUAUGUAGAAUAAUUAUAUUUUAGACACUAACUUAAAGGAUUAAAGUAAUCUAACUCUUCCAACUGCAUAUUAGAAUCAAUCAUUUAGUAAGGCUCUUAAAAGAAAAAGUCCUUUGAGAACUCCUAUGGUUUAGAUGCCAACAAAUAGCUACAAAGAGUAAUCAGAUUAUAGGAAACUUAUAGUUGAGACUACUAAUAACUUUAUCCAUAGCUCCUAAUCUCCUACUUCAAAUAAAAAUAAUAAUAUGUAUUCCCCAAAGCACCCAUCAAAUUAAGCAACUGCAAGAUUUAGAACAGAGUAAAUCAACAACUCAAACACUAAGAGAAAUAGUAAUUUUAUGAUCUCGCAAGGGAACUAAACUCCCAAUUAAACAAAUGUAAAUAAUUUAGGCUAGUCCACAGAAUUUUAUGUAACUGAUGAAAAAUUCUAUAAUCUUUAGUAAGACUUAUUAAAUAAAUCUAAUUAAUUGCAGUCUAGUAACAGAGUACUUUCCCCUUCUUACCACUCACCUCGUUUAGAAAGUAAAAGAAAAAGUAUUGGCUAGAUGAUUUCACCAUCAUCACAAAAUAUUACUUAAACUCUAAGUAGAAUGGGUAGCUCUAACAAGAGUCUAUUUGGUAAAAGUAAAAACUACGUUGAUACUCUAAGACAAGAAGAAACGAGAAACAUUUUUAGCCCAGUAAGAUAAAUUCAGUCAGCCACAAGUAAAGGAGGAAAUAUAAUUGAUAAAAAUCUUGAAAAAAUUUGUAAGCAUUGGCUUUUAGAAAUUGAUUAUCAAGAAAGAGAGCUAAAUUUUUUUACUAAAGAUGAUUAAAGAUUUAUAUUUUAGGAUGAAGCUAGAAAUGGAUUAUUUUUGCAAUCUUUACUUUUUAAAGUUGGAAUGUGGAAUAUUCCUUUUGAUAGAAAAGGAAUAAUUAGAAAACCUUAAUCGAUCGAAGAAUGCAGGUAUAAUCUAUCACUAAUAUUUGAAAUCUUACAUGAAAAUAAAGUAGAGAUUCAUCAAUAAUAUUAGAAUUAUGAGCUCUUGCUAUAGGGAAGUAUCAAUUCUUUUUGGAAUAUAAUUUAUUCUAUUAAGAAACAUUUAUAAGGAGAAGAAUCUGAUAGCUAUGAGCAAAAUUUAUUUAAAAUCCUUCCUUAUUCUUAAUAGGAAAUUUCUUAAUUAGAGAGUUCAUUAAAUCAAUGGCUUUCGAAUGAAAUUUUUUAGACAAAGGUUGAAAACAUAUUUACAUAAUUCUAUUAAAAACUAUGUAAUGGAUUAUUUUGGGUAGAUUUAGUAGAAACUGUUACGAAGAGAAAGGUUAAGAAUGUCAACUACCACCCAAAAGAUUAAGCACAUUCUUUUAAUAAUAUCUCAAAUGCUUUGGCUCCUCUAAAAACCUUUAAGAAUUUUGGAUAAGGCUUUACAUACAAAGAAGAACAAUUAGUUGUUGUGAAUAAGCAAGUAGUGUUAGGAUUAUUAGAGGAUUUUAGAAGAUAUUUUGACGGCUAACCUGCUAGAUAAGAGCCUAAUUAUUUUAAGGAUGGACCAUAUCUCGGAUUCAGAAAAAUGACUACAAGUAGUAAUAAUUAUAAGAUUUAAGCAUUAGAAGAAGAUCUUGAUUCUAAUAGAUAAAUUACAGCAAAUUCUCCUUAUAAUUAUACUUCUUCUAGAAAUAAUAUUUCCACCUAGAAUCAAGAUAAAUCAAUUAUAAAUGCAACUUCACCAUAAAGUAAACUACUAAAUUAAUCAAAAUCCUCUAAAAUGGUUUCAAGCAAAGAAAUAGAUCCUGAAAAUGCCAAGCAAAUAAUUUCAGAUAGACAAAAUGUUUUCCCUACACCUAGAAAUUAUAGAUAAGGUUCUUUUGGUGAACAAAUAGUGAGCUAAGGAGAUUUAUAAUCUUCAUUUAGAAGGAGGCCUUCGAAUUUAUCAAAUUUUGGUAUUGAUUAAUCUAAAUAAUAACUUAAUUAAAGCAAUUUACCGUAAGCUGAAAAAUCAACAAUUUAAUAAAAUCUCUCACCUUAAUCUUAAAAAAAUUAAAAUGAUUAAGAUGAUAAUUUUUAGAUGUUGAGCUCUAACAAUAAAAUGAAUAGUUUAUUUAAAAAAUUUGUGAGUCCAAUAAAGUAUAAUCAAAACAACAAAAUAAAUUAUGACAAUUCUUUUGAUACAAUUCAAAAAAUGAAUAGUUACUUACCAGAAUCCAGAAAUGAUCAAAAAAGUUUAAAUGAAAGCUAUACUAGAAGUGCUGAAUUAUCAUAUCUAAGAGAAAUGCAAAGUCCUAAGAAGAUAAGUCUUAAUUAAACUUAUCUUUCAUCUAAUAUCUACUAAAGCUCAGAGAGUGAAAUAUUUUAAUGGCUUUGCUUGCUUGGUUUUGAAGACUUUGUUACAAAAGUGGACUUCGAUUAGCCCUACAUAGAAGAAAUAAAAGAUGGAAUUUUUAUAGCUAAGUUAGUAGAAGUACUUGAAGGUAAGGAAAUAAAAGGCCUUAUUUUAGAACCAAAAAAGAAAUCUUGCUGUAUAUAAAAUAUAAGAAAAGCAUUUAACCUUAUUAGAAACAAAAGGGAUGUAGAUUUUGCUUUAGUUGAACAUGAAGAAAAAAUAUAUGAGGCUGAAAGGAAUUACAUGUUUACUCUUUUUAAUAAUUUAAAAUAUGCCUACAGAUAAAAAACACAGUAUUACCAUAACUUCAAUAAAAGUUAGAGUAGAUCUUUGUUAAACCAUAACAUGACGAUGUCUUCUCCUUAAAGAGCAGAAUAGCUGUUUUAUUCUAAGAAAGAAAAGGAAAAUUAUAUUUUAAACAAAACAGAAUGGGAAAAAAGUAUUGUCCGCCCCAUUAAAGCUUAAAUCUGA